GGAAAAGUACACGACACACGAAAAGAAGGAAGCACCGUUUGUUCGACCGGCAUUGGUCAAUUGCAUCAGUGUAGGAAGAGCACGAACGUAGGAUGGGAUCGAAACUGCGUGCGAGGGACACGUCCAUGUACCCUUGAUCAGAAACUCAGCGUCAUGAAUUGGUCUGACAUACACGCAUACACCACUCACACAAAUAACCCACACGCGAUGCUGCCUGCCCCUUCUCCCCCUCUGCCGCCUGGCUGUCUAUCUGCCAGUCAUUUCAUCUAUUUCUUGUAUUGUGUGUCAGGUUUGACGGUGACGACCGUCUGUUGGUGCGUCACAGCGUCUCCCUCCCUCACGCGCACACUCGUGACGGUCCCAGCGGCCGGUGUGCGCAGGAUGGUCUCCAUUUUCAUGGCCUCAAUCACCACCACACCGUCGCCCUGCUUGACCUGCUGCCCCUCGUCCACCAGGACCUUGACCGCCUUGCCGUUCAUCGUCGCGCGAACCUCCACGCCCUCACCGGCCUCACCAAUGUCAAUAUACACGUAGCCCAAGAGGCUCUGCCCACAGAACAGAGCGGAUGACGGAUGAAUGGAUGGUGAUCCAGUGUGUAGCAUGAGUGUACCUCACCUUGCCGGGCCUGUCAGGAGCCCCACCAAGUCCUCCAGCUGGCAGGAUGGUCACCCCUCCCUCCCCCUCGGCACCCUGGACCGACGUGUCCUCGGUCCACUCCUCACUGGCGAUGUCAUGCUCCACCUGGCUGUAGUCUCUCAUCACAGGCAGGCACACCUCACCGGCAGCAGACAGCAAGGCGUCGUCAAUGGGCUCCAGAUGCACUACACACUGGCCGCCAUCGUUGCGAAUGGACACCGAUAUGCUCGACGCCUAUGAGGCACUCAGGAAGCGAUCCCUCGUUACAGGGAAAUGUCCGCACUUUCUUACCUCAGUAGGACCACCACCAGGCGCUUCACUUUUGCCGUCCUCGUCCUCAUGACUCACAGGGGCGAUCUGGAGCACGCCAGAACUCUCAGACGGCGACGACCCACCGAAUGACCAACACGCUGCAUAGUGCUCCGGCUGUUCAUCACCCCCUCCGCUGUCCAACUGUACUCGAAGGCGAUAGAGCGGUGAAGGCGAGGCCGCCCCAUUAACUGGCGGAGUGGCCGGGGGCACUGUAUAGUGGGCGGGGAAGGAGGCAGGGGUGCGCAACACGUCCACACGAACACCUUGACAGACAGACAACCGAGCCACCAUCAUUGUGUGCUUCACUGGUGGCUGCGUACAUGUCUACCUGUAGGUUCCUGCGGUUGGUCAGGGGAGGCCGGGGAGGGAAGAAAAGACCACUGACGGCCGACCGAUGGCAGCGUCACUCGAUAACCUGACAGACACAGAAGGCACACACAAGCGUUCUGACUGACCGAUGCGAUGAGCAUCUUUCUUGUUUGUACCAUAAAGCGAGUGCCAGGGCGACGUGUGUGUCUGCUGCCCUCCCGGCGCACCCCUCAGCACCUGACUGGCGUGCUAACAGACGACAAACAGAUAGAUCAGCACCCACUGAAAUUGAGCGGAUUAUUCACCUCCUUGAGAGUGAGUGAGAUGGCGGCUGUCGUGCAGAGCUGCGGAAACGCCUUCUUUGACAUUUCUCCGCCACGAGUGUCACCAGGG